GUAGAAGUAGAAGUAGAAGAAGAAGAAAGGAAAAGGUGGUGAGAAAGAAAGCCAGGAAGACGAAUGGCUAACAGAACAGUUAAAGAUGCCAACAGUAUCCACGGUACUAAUCCACAGUAUUUAGUGGAGAAGAUUAUCCGGACUCGAAUCUAUGAGUCAAAGUACUGGAAAGAAGAAUGUUUCGGUCUGACAGCGGAGCUGGUUGUGGAUAAAGCCAUGGAGCUAAGAUAUGUCGGUGGAGUGUUUGGUGGAAACAUCAAACCCACUCCCUUCCUUUGUCUCACGCUGAAGUUGCUGCAGAUCCAACCUGAGAAGGACAUCAUUGUCGAGUUCAUCAAAAACGAAGAGUUUAAAUAUGUCCGUUUACUUGGGGCCAUGUACAUGCGGCUAACGGGCACUGCGGUGGAUUGUUACAACUACCUGGAACCCCUCUACAAUGACUACAGGAAAAUCAAGACCCAAAACAGGAAUGGGGAGUUUGAGUUGAUGCACGUGGAUGAGUUCAUCAACAAUCUUCUUCAUGAGGAGCGCGUGUGUGACAUCAUCCUGCCCCGGCUUCAGAAGAGACAAGUCCUGGAGGAGGCCGAGAUGUUGGACCCGCGUAUCAGCGCUCUUGAGGAAGACCUCGAUGAAGUGGAGAGCAGCGAGGAAGACGACGAAGAAGAGAGGCCAGAGAGAGUCGCGACCCCUGAACCUCACAGACGUGGUUACCGUGACGACAGAAUUCGCCGCUCCCAGUCGCCUCGUCACAGACGCAGCCGCUCGCCGAGACGGAGGAGCAGAUCUCCAAAGAGACGAAGCCUUUCUCCUAGAAGGGAGCGCCAUCGCAGUAAAAGCCCCCGCCGCCACCGCAGCCGCUCUCGAGAGCGACGCCAUCGGUCUCCAGGUCACCACAGAAGCCACAGACAUCGCAGCCACUCAAAGUCACCAGAAAGGAGUUCCAAGAAGAGUCACAAGAAGAGUCGAAGGGGAAACCAGUAGUUUUUUUUUUAUUUUUAUUUUUUUUACACCUAACUGGCAUCUAAAUUGUGAUCGGCAAUUCUUUGAAGUGGACUGCCGAUAUGUGACUUAUUUUACUGUGCCAGUUUCCAACCUGUCUUGUUGAUAUUUCCAGCUUAUGUUAGCUCAUACUGUAUCAUUUUCACAUGAUUAAAGUCACUGGUUAUUA